AUGGCCAACCCAUUUGAUGAAGACUUUAACCCAUUUGAUCAUCCAUUUGAGAUGCCACCUUAUAUGCCAUACAUUCCACCGAGUAAUCUGGAAGACCUGACACGAGAAGCGCCCCUGAGUCAACUGCUGCUGAAUUUGAAAAAAAUGUUGGUAUUCGACAUAAAUGAAGAUUUAGAGGGUACCACUGAUGUCCAAGAAGAUGAGGUACGAGUUGAUGCACCUAGAUCCGGUAUGGAAUUUGCAAGUGUGAAAGAGCUGACAGCCUACUAUAAGCAUUAUGCGAAACAACAGGGUUUUGGUGUACGGAUACAGAGGACUAGGAGAGAUGAUGAUGGGAGGCCAGUUUAUGUGACAGUUGGUUGUGCCCGUGGCGGAAAGUACCAACCUAAGAACAGUGAUAUGUCGAAGCCACGGCCAACAACUAGGACGAAUUGUAAGGCCAGAGUAAAUGCGACACUGAGUAAGACUGACAAGUGGGUUUUCACCACUGUAGAAAAUAUACACAACCACGUAACUGUAAGCCCCAAGAAGACUAGGCUAUUGCGAUCUCACAAGGUUCUAGAUGAAUACAGCCAAAGGGUCCUUGACUUGAAUGAUCGAGCGGGUAUACGAAUAAAUAAGAACUUUUUUUCUCUUGUCGUUGAUGCGGGAGGUUUUAAGAAUCUUCAGUUUCAGGAGAAAGAUUGUCGGAAUUAUAUUGAUAAGGCAAGACAUUUACGGUUGGGUAAAGGAAGUGGAGAUGCACUUAAUCAGUAUUUCAAAAGAAUGAGAGACAAGAAUGAUGGGUUCGUUUCUGUCAUGGACGUGGAUGAUGAGGGGAGGUUACGAAAUGUCUUUUGGGCUGAUGCUCAUAGUCGAGCGGCCAAUGAGUAUUUUGGCGACGUAGUAACCUUCGAUACUACGUACCUAACAAAUAGGUACGGGAUGCCUUUUGUUCCAUUCGUUGGUGUUAACCAUCAUGGGCAGUCCAUAUUACUAGGGGCAGGAUUGCUUUCGAGUGAGGACACAACCACUUUUGUGUGGUUAUUUCAAAUGUGGUUGGAUUGCAUGAAUGGUCGGGCCCCCUGUUCCAUCAUUACCGACCAAGAUUGGGCAAUGAAGAGUGCUAUUGCCAUUGUAUUUCCCAACACUCGUCAUAGAUUUUGUUUAUGGCAUAUCUUGCGCAAACUUCCAGAGAAGUUGGGGUCUCACGCCGGUCUCACGCCAUGUUCAAUGCGGGGUUGA